GCCGUAGGAGAACCGAGGACUGAGAUAUGUGAAAACAUUUACGUGUUUGCUUCUCAGUUUUUUAAAAAUGGAGAACUCAUCUAAAGAAGAUUACAAGAUCCAGUCGUUUGAUUUGGAGACUCAGAAACUCCUCAAAACGGCUUUGAAAGACCCAGGUUCAGUUGACUUGGAGAAAGUGUCCAGUGUAAUAGUGGAUCAGUCUCUGAAGGACCAGAUCUUCAGCAGGGAGGCGGGACGCAUCUGUUACACUAUUGUGCAGUUGCCUCGCUCGAUUCAGGCCGAGGCCAAACAGAGCAACGGGAGCGUGUUUCGACGUAGCCUGCUGACCCGCUUGCAGCAAGAGUUUAAAGCCAGGGAAGACACGCGGACGAGAUCCACUCAGGAGUGGGUUUGCCUCGUGUCCUUCAUCUGCAACAUCUUCGACUACCUCAAGGUGAACAACACGCACAUGAUGGCCCUGGUGCCUCCCGUCUAUGACUGUUUGUUCAGACUGGCUCAGUCUGACGCCCUGAAGAAUGAGGAGGAGCUGGACUGUCUGGUGUUGCAGCUGCAUCGUGUUGGAGAUCAGCUGGAGAAGAUGAACGCGCCGCUGAUGGACGAGCUGUUCAAUCUGCUGAGGGACGGGUUUCUCCUGCAGGAGGACCUGAGCUCCAUGGGUCGUCUGCUCCUGCUGGAGAUCCUGGAGUUUCGCGCGGGAGGCUGGACUCUCAGCGACACAGCGCAGAAAUACUACUACAGCGAAGUCACGGACUGACGCCUCCACCAGUCAGGACAGAGAAACACAAGAAGAAAUAGCGUUCACAAGGAACCAGGAGUGGAGGUUUUAUUUUUAUAAUGAGCUUUGAUGAGGGCUGGGUGACUCAGUAGGUCUGAGGAUUGAAAGUUAGAGGCAGUUCUGGGU